AUGACCGACCUCAUCAAAUUGCUGAGCGACAGCUCCGUGUCGGCUCAACAAGCUGCUGAAAAGCUCGCGAGCCCUUGUCUGGAGGCUAUCAAGAAGAAUGAAGACGCUGCAAAGAUUGAGGGGCAGUUUGACAGUCUUUGGUCUUCGGUGCUCUCCGCUGCCGAGCAGACCCCCCACGACAAGCAAGGGAAGCUAGUGGAAACCUUGCAUGCGAUAAAGAGCCUUCGGCCAUCUGCAGAGACAGCCAAGAAGGUUGUUGUUUGGGGUGAGGAGAAGCGCUGGGAUGAGCUACCCAUGUUUGGGGGUAAGGCACGCGAGCAGCUCGACAUCGCAAAAGAAAAGUCGGAUGAAGCCUUCGUCAAUAUCACGGGCUUCUUUGCGCGCGCAACUGCUGCUGGGGUCGAUGACCUUAGCCUCUUCGCUAUUUGGACCUUGCGCGAGGCGCUUGAGGACCCUGCCGCUGAUAAGAUCUCAGAGGCGUCGCCCAAGCUACUGAAGUCUUCUUCUGUCUGGUUCAUCUAUGCAGCCGAUGCUCUUGCUAAGGCAAGCAAGGAUGGGAAGCAGUUUGACGGCAAAGUCGCCAAACCGGGUGCUAGCUUGGCGGAGUUUAAGGACGAAGCCGGAUGGAGGGGCUUCAACAGUGAUAGAUGGAAGGUCUGGCUGGAUCGAUUCUCGACCUUGAAAGAAGCCGACCUCCCUCAUGACUCUAAGUCUUUGGUCGCCCCUCUGACUGAUGAUCAUGGCAUGCGAUCAUUGCUCAUUCGCAUCUGCUUUGUCGACGUCUACACCAUGUGCUGGGUAUAUGAUGAUUUAAUUGACGACAGUUCUCAUUUUGGCCUCUCCUACAAGCCUUUCAAGGGAUAUUACUGGCUGGAAGGCCUCAACCCCAGCACUUUCAACCAACAGCCUGAUUUUGCACAGCCUUAUGCUGCAGCCCCAAUGCAGCUCAGCCGCAAUGGUAAACUUAUCGUCAUGGCGCUCUCUUUGCGAGAUAGCGCUCGUCUCAAGCCCGAUAUUCGUCUUGCUCAAGCGGUAUCCGAGUUCGAAGCAAUUCUGACCUCUGAGCAAAAAAUUGCGUUUAGAGCCUCGCGAUCUUCAGCUGCCACCACAGCCCCGACUAUGUCUGAUGUGAUGCGUCUUACCGCUGAGAUAGACUUGAAGGCCACGUCCCAGCAUGGACGCGGAAGGUGUUUUGGUCCACGAAUGACGAAUCUUCUUCAAGCUAUCCAGCAGUUCGCUGCGCUAGGUGACGUCGUUGUUGGAGGUUCGCAAAAUCUCAUUGCAUGCGGUGUUUGGGCUGCUGCAAGAAUGACCGUUCACGUCAUAACCGGAUACUUCACCUAUCUAGAGAAGCUUUCUUUUUUAUUCAUGGCUGUCGGUCGAAACGCCCCACGCUAUCAGGCUAUGGCCGCAAUCUAUCCCAAAUCCAAGAACCUCCAGCGUUAUCUGUGUGAAUACUUCAUUAUUGUUACCAGACUAUGCUUUCAGUCAAUUUCAUGGACACGCAAGUCCGCCUUUAGCCGACUGUCAACAUCUAUCAGCGAUCCAGAUAUGAAAGAGUUCCAGUCGGAACUUGACAUAUGGUCAUCAUCGAUAAAGGAAGAGGCCAAUCUCUUACUCAAUCAGAAGAUAGACGAGGAAGCCAAGGAAAAUACCAAAUUCCGCAAACUCACAACAUUUCUGUCUGAGUCUUCGUCACAUCAGCGGAGAAUCAAGAUCUGUGCUCGGUUUCUACAGGCAUGCUCACAGUACGACUAUCGGACCACAUGGAAGCAAACGAGAAAAUCCGGAACUACACGUCUCUUGGAAUCCUUCUCUGAGUAUCAAAGGUGGAAGUUUAACCAGUCCAGCUAUGACUCGGUACUAUUCUGUGGCAAGCUAGGAGCUGGCAAGUCAGUCCUUUUGGCUAAUGUCGUUGACGAUUUAAAUCUUCAGAAUAAUGCGAUCGUUCUCUAUUUCUUUGCUCGUUAUGACAGACAUGAUGGCCUAAAUGCUAGGAUAAUACUUGGAUGUCUUAUUAGGCAGCUUUUGGAACACUUCGUCGCGAACAGGGACCUCGAUCACAUUUUCCAAAAGAAUGCAGACAUCCUGGACGUGGAUGAUAUUGUGGGGAUUUUCAAGCAACUUCCACCGCACACCCAGCGCCUCUUCAUUGUUAUCGAUGGUAUUGACGAAUGUCCUAUGUCGGAGCAACAUGACCUGCUGAAGGCAUUCUCAGUUAUACAGCCAUGUGGCUACAAGCUCUGCAUCUCUGCGAGAGUUCUCGAGAAAACUCUGCCAUGGAAAUCCCAUUCUUUUGCAUUUCAGGUCUGCAUUCCAGAGGACAAUCCAGAUAUCCUGGACUAUGUUCAAGUUGAAGAAGUUAAAGAACAGCUUAUUAAUGGAGCUUGUGGCAUGUUCCUUUGGGUCUCCCUGCAACUUGAUUCUAUAUGCUCCGAGGUGACAGACCAUGCCAUACGUAAAACAAUCCAGAAUCUUCCACGGGAUCUGACAGAGACCUUUGAGAGAAAUCUGGCUAAGGCUAGCUCGGGCGAUACUAAUGGCUAUCACAUAAUCAUCUUCAAACUUCUAGUUGCAGCAAGAGAAUUGCUUUCAGUCGAGCAACUCCGAGAGGCUGCCAGCGUGGUAGUAGGGCAGACCACAUGGAAUCCGGGACAACAGAUCAAUCAUAUUGACAGAGUUUUGAGGUUCUGUGGAAGCUUAGUCAUGGUGGACGAGGAAGAUGAAACGGUUCGCUUUAUCCAUCAUAGUGCCCGAAGCUUUUGCCUCAACUCACCGAACAACUCUGCCGCAUGGACCUUCAAUGAGGAUGAAGCGGAGAGGUCAAUGGCAGAGACGUUGGUCACUUAUCUUAGCUACAAUGUCUUCGACACAAGACUGAGCAGAAACGUUGUACCAAAGAUUGAAGCAAACGAUAUGCCCAAAAGAGUGGCACUUAGCACCAUCAGGACCAGUUCAGUGGGCAAGGAGAUUGCAGGCCGAUUGAUAAACAUACGGUCUCAUCUCAGACAUGAUGUUGGACCGGUUCUCGCUAAGUCGGCCAAGGGCUACUGGGAGGACGUUUCCCAACAGUUCUUCCUACUUCCUUACGCGAGCAAGAACUGGAUUUUCCAUACCUCCCAUGUCGAACAUCUUGAUCCACUAUGCCAUUGGUAUUACUUACUUCAACAUCCAACGUUUGGCAUUGAUCUAUCCGAUAUACCAGAUAGCUUCGUCGCUCGGCGGCUUUCGGUUGUACAGUUUAUGCCAUCAGAUAACAUGGUUUGGGCCUUAUCCAACGGGCAUCUUCUACUUUUCAAACACGAACUUGCCAAAGAUCGAGGAGCUGCAAAGUUGCAGACUUACGCAACACUUUGGAUCUUCUUGCGAUAUAUUGAGCCCGAAUUUAUUAAGAACGACAUGGACUAUGGGCUUGUCAGGUGGCUAUCUUGGAUGCUUGUUCGAUUACACAUGACGCAUCCAAUCAAGCGACAACUAUUGCUACGUCUCUCGGUGUUUGAUGAGUCCUAUAUGGAUACAUUGCGAAUAGCGAUUAACUUAUCUGACGUAGAGGCGGUCAUGGCUCUUCUAUCCCGCGAUAUUCUGGAAACAAGCCAGCUACCAUCUGUGGGCGAGGCCUUGAUGGAUUUAGCAGUCUCAUAUGGAAACGUGACCCUGCUCAACCUUCUAAUGCGAGAAGACUUCCCAGUAGACAUCACUGGUGCCCUCGCAAAGAUCGUUACAUCAGGAAUGCCAGAUCCCAUUGUAACACAUUUUUCUCUGUAUCUGCUUCAACAAAGGGAGAUUCAUCUGUACUAUUUAUCAGACAGUGUACUGUAUCUAGUGCUCCAAGGGCCUCUGAGACUACUAGGUCAUGAUAGGAUCCCGACGCAACUCACCGUUUUGCCAUGGGGCGACUUAGAGGGUCAUCGCCGCAAGGUCGAUCGCCUUUUACACAAAGCAUGCAUGAGAGGAGAUCUUCCAAUGGUAGAAAUGAUGAUUUCUUUGGGCUAUGAUACCAAUGCCUGUACCAGUGAAGGAUCAUGUCUUGAUGUGGCGCUACAUGGCAUCUCAAAGGACAGACUGAAAAUUGUGUGGCGUCUCUUGACGUCCUCUGCGCUACCAAGUUUCGCGACCCUUAGUCGGGUAGUAUUACUACAACAGUGGGCGUUCGUGUUGUACUUCCUGCAGUUCAACAUAUCUUUCGAUGAUCCUUCAUCUUCGCAUCUUGAUCGUGCGGCUCCCAGCUUCAAGAUCGUAGUGGAGGAUUUAGAUGAUAUUGAUUACCCAUUUCUUGGCAGAUUUCCCAUAGAGGAUGAUCAUGAACGUGAUAUCACUGCGUUGUUACCACUGCCAGUUGUGCAGUCGACUUCUUGGGAUGACUGGAAUUUCUACUUCGUGGCCAACUUCCGAAAAGACAAUGGAUGGAAAGCAAUGGUUGAUUCUGAAAAGAAACAGUUUUGCAACGAUUUAAUCGGCAUAGUUUCUUAUAAAAUGAAACCGAAGGAAAUAAGACGAGAUAGCGUUGUUCGAGGGUUAGGUAUCCCAGAAACACCGAAAACAGUUGAGAGUUCAGUUGAAUUCGUCUAUUGGCACCCAGACCUUGGCCCUUGGAUUAAGCUGACUACUCCCAACACUUUCUCAACCAUCGCUGAAAUCUCUAGAAGAUGGAAUUGCUUGCAUUCUAUGGAAUAUGGUUACGAGUUUGAUCACAACUGGAUACUUAGGACAAGGGAAAAAUCAUUGCAACCGUUGUGGGAUGACUCUGGCCGAUUACAUAGCCUAGGCUGCUGGGUGAUGCACAGAACUAUUGACACUCUCGAGAAACGUUACCAUAACUAUGGUCUUGUUCGCGAUGCACUUUCCGAUGCGGCAUGGGCUAUCAAGGGGCUCCAAAACUUAUACCGUCUUCUACAAAACUUACCCUCAGGAUCCAAAAUUCACGUUGUCGAGGACACAUUCCCAGCCACUAAAUUGCCGCUAUUCCGACAACAUAAUGUAUCUUACAUGAAGGCAUAUUCCUUCAGCUUUGCCUACAUGAGCGUUCGAAUUCAGUUCUUGAGGAUAUUGGGAAUCCUCUCCCGGAAACAUCUGCUGGAAAGGGUCAAGAUCGAUAUAGCCACUUUACAGGCAGCAUUGUCACUAGGCAAAAAAGAAUUACGAGGACAUGACGCAUCAACCUAUUUGUUUAUGCCUGAAGUCCUCGAGGCUGCAUUCAUCGGUACUGAAUUUAAACAUGUUCUCCAAGACCUUGUUGCAAGCUAUCCCCUCUGGGUACCGGAGGUCGCCACUUGGAUUGAGACGAUGGACCUCGGGAUUUUCACCUGGUCUAUGGGACAGGAUUCACCCCUUUGCUUCAGGAGGGCAUUUCAGUCUUUUAGAGACAUAGGCACAGCUGAGAGAGAUAUGAAAAUCCUAGAGGACGCCUUGGAUUUGUCCCGUCGUAGGAUUCCAGAGCUAGAAUAA